AUGGACUCUAUUCGAACUCAAAUCAAAGCCGCAUGCGAACAGGCCGAGCAUCUCAUUGACCAAGUCAAACGUCCAUUGAAACCUCAUCUACCAGCUGUCAGUCGGUUCCUGGUUGUGGUCACAUUCUUUGAAGAUUCUUUUCGAAUCAUCUUUCAAUGGUCCGAUCAAAAGAGCUAUCUUGAGGAGACUCGUUCUUUUCCAUCUUUUAUCGCCACAUUAUUUUUGGUAGCCAAUGUAGUGGCCAUGUUGGGUUUCUCCUCUACCCUUAUAGCAAAAAAGCAUGUGAGUGUGGCAAUUGCUGGUCUAUCAGUUGUUAUGGUCUCGCAAGCUCUUGUGUAUGGUCUGGUCUUUGACUUGCUCUUCUUUCUCCGUAAUAUGUCCAUAACCGGUGGUCUCUUAUUGUGUCUCUCGGAGUCUCUUUUACGACAGCGCAAGAAAAGCGUUUUUGGAUCCCUUCCUCAACUAUCAGAGAUUGAGCGACAUAUGUAUUUCCAGUUGGCCGGUCGAGUCUUGUUGGUCUUGCUGUUUAUUGGGUUUGUGAUCCACGGUCAAUGGAGUUUGACAUGGGCUAUUGUUUCAUUGGUGGGUCUGGCCGCGUGUGUGAUGGUGAUUGUUGGAUUUAGAGCCAAAUGGUCAGCCACAUUGCUAGUUUCUCUCCUGAGUGUUAUGAAUGUGCUCGUAAACAAUUGGUGGUCGAUACAGCACUCGAGCCCUCAUCGUGAUUUCAGAAAAUACGACUUUUUCCAGACAUUGAGCAUCGUGGGUGGACUUAUGCUCUUGAUAUCGAUAGGUCCAGGCAAUUUGAGUUACGAUGAAAAGAAAGAAUAUUAA